CCGUUCGAGGUAGCGCGAAUAAACCCCAUUAGGUCCGAGAUCGAACCCGUUCCUCCCAUUCCCAAACCCAUUCCGAGGAACGACAUUGCUCGAGACCUUCCCUUCCUUCCUUCGUUCUACCGGUGAUCUGAGGAUCCGUUCCACCCGGCAGCAACCCCAACAUCCGCCCCUCCGUCGUCACAUCACAAGCUCCUCUCGCACGUGAUCCGGCGCAUCCACCGACGUCCAUGGCGCUCAACCUGACCCACCAGACCGGCGCGGCGGCCAUCACGGCCACGCCGCCGACGGGCGCGCGCGCGGCCGUCUUCGCGGCCUCCGCCACCGGCACGGCCACCUCCGGCGCCACCAUGGUCCGCAGCGGCAGCGCGCAGAGCCUGCGGCUGCAGACGCAGACGGUGGAGCCGGCGCAGCCGCAGCCGUCCGACUUCCACCACGCCAUGGCGGCGCCGGCCCACCCGGACGUGGCCGCCGUCGAGGACCGCAAGGUGGGCGUCCCCGUCUUCGUCAUGAUGCCGCUCGACACCGUGCGCAAGGACGGCAGCGCGCUCAACCGCCGCAAGGCCGUGCAGGCCUCGCUCGCCGCGCUCAAGAGCGCCGGCGCCGCCGGGAUCAUGGUCGACGUCUGGUGGGGCAUCGCCGAGGCCGAGGGCCCCGGACAGUACAACUUCGCCGGAUACAUCGAGCUCAUGGAGAUGGCCAAGAAGGCCGGCCUCAAGGUGCAGGCCGUCAUGUCGUUUCACCAGUGCGGCGGCAACGUCGGAGAUUCAGUCAACAUCCCACUUCCUCGAUGGGCAACGGAGGAGAUCGACAAGGACCAGGACCUGGCGUACACUGACCGGUGCGGCCGCCGCAACUACGAGUACAUCUCGCUGGGCGCCGACAAGCUGCCGGCGCUCAAGGGCCGCACGCCCAUCCAGUGCUACGCCGACUUCAUGCGCGCCUUCCGCGACCACAUGGCGCCCUACAUGGGCAGCACCAUCUGCGAGAUCCAGGUCGGCAUGGGCCCCGCCGGCGAGCUCCGCUACCCCUCCUACCCGGAGAGCAACGGCACCUGGUCCUUCCCGGGCAUCGGCGAGUUCCAGUGCUACGACCGCUACAUGCUCGCCAGCCUCCGGGCCGCCGCCGACGCCGUCGGCAAGCCCGAGUGGGGCUGCGCCGGGCCGGGGGACUCGGGCAGCUACAACCAGUGGCCCGAGGACACCAACUUCUUCCGCCGCGAGGGCGGCUGGAACACCGAGUACGGCAAAUUCUUCAUGAGCUGGUACUCGCAGAUGCUCCUCGAGCACGGCGACCGCAUCCUCUCUGCCGCCUCAUCCGUCUACACCGGCGUCCCCGGCGUCAAGGUCUCCGUCAAGGUGGCGGGCAUCCACUGGCACUACGGCACUAGGUCGCACGCCCCCGAGCUCACGGCCGGGUACUACAACACCAGGAACCACGACGGGUACCAGCCCAUCGCGCGCAUGCUGGGCCGCCACGGCGCCGUGCUCAACUUCACCUGCGUCGAGAUGCGCGACCACGAGCAGCCGCAGGACGCGCAGUGCCUCCCCGAGGCGCUGGUGCGGCAGGUGGCCAACGCCGCCAAGGAGGCCGGCAUCGGGCUCGCCGGCGAGAACGCACUGCCCAGGUACGACGAGACGGCGCACGACCAGGUGAUCGCCACGGCCGCGGAGAAAGCCGAGGAGGAGCGCAUGGUGGCCUUCACCUACCUCCGCAUGGGGCCCGACCUCUUCCAGCCCGACAACUGGCGCCGCUUCGCCGCCUUCGUCAAGAGGAUGACGGAGACCGGCGUCAGGGACGUGUGCCGGGAGCAGGUGGAGCGGGAGGCGCAGGGCGUCGCGCACGCCACGCAGCCGCUCGUCCACGAGGCCGCCGCCGCGCUCGCCAACUAACUCGUCCACCAUCUCGGUCACCGGCCGGCCGACAGCCCGUGCGCCGUAGAGAAGGGUAAGCCACAGCUAUACGUACUACGUAUUGAUGAUUUGUAAUCCACGUACGUCGCGGUGUGUACCGAAGGAAAGGGGGGAAACAAACGUAGGGGGAUCGAUCCGAUCGGGUAAACUUGGUACCGCGUUCCAAGCUUUGAUGCUGGUUUUGGCGACGCUCCAAGCUUUUGCAGUGAACUCAAUGUACUUACUACCAGUACGUAUGUACUAUGCUGCCGCAGUACUACUGCUUGUAAGAUCGAUAACUCGAAAAUGUUGUGUACGCCUGUAUCUGUUCCUAUGAAAUGAAUGAAGAACAGGAGUUGGCGAUUCA